AUGAAGUGGGCAAAGGGCCUCUUCCACGACCGACAAGAUGUCGUUGAGUACAGGAGUGUACCUGGAGUGGAUCAUGGCGACGAGUUUGAUGGCGAUCAAGCAACGCUCUCGAGACCUAGUAAUUCGCCGUCCUGGCAAUCAUGGCGAUGCCUUGUCCGUCUAUCUGUGACUGCUCGAGUCUCCAUCUUCCUAUCUUUUGUGCUGGUGGCCAGCUUGCUAUAUGUAACGCCUGCUCAUCGGGUGGCGCUGUCAACUUCUGAUUCCACUUCUUCGUCCAGCUUCUUUCACCUUCUCAUCCCAGCAACUUCAAGCGGGGCCGGAUUGUGCAAGAACAUUUUCAGCGCUGCAGCUCUUGACUACCCUACACCCAGACUCAUCAACUGGAAAAUGCAUUACUCGGGCGGAGACCGCUUUGGCGGACUGCAUAUUGCCAAAAUCACGGGGACACUGGACUAUCUGAAGUCCCUAGGCCCUGAAUCAGAUCAAGAAUUGGUCUUGAUGGUCGAUGGAUUUGAUAUGUGGUUCCAACUACCUCCUAUCGUACUUCUCGACCGCUACCAGCGCAUAAUCAAUAGACACAAUGACCGUAUACGCCGCCGUCUGGGCCGAGCCAUGGACAGAGAAGGCGUCAAACAGACAAUCAUCAUGGCUGCCCAGAACAUGUGUUGGCCGCAAGACAACUCGGAGCCCAUCUGCUAUGUUGUCCCUGAUUCAGAACUGGCCCACGACGUCUAUGGCAACGUGACUGACACGGAUUCUCGCCACGCACGUGCGCGUUGGCUGAAUUCAGGCUUUAUGAUGGGCCCUGUGGCCGAUGUAUACAAGCUUCUGAAGGCAGUGCACAAUGUUGCUCUUCAGAAUCCCAGCCGAGGGUCCGAUCAGGCAUCCUUUAACGACGUCUUUGGCCAACAAGAGUACUACCGAGAACUUGUGAGAGAGCGACAUCUCGCGACACUGCAGCGUUUGAUAGCACGUGUGAACAGGGUGUUUGGUCUCGAGGACGAACGCAGCAAAAUGGUCCUCAGCGCCAACUCAACCCUCUUCCCUACCAGCGACACAGCAAAUUCAGACGACUACGAGUUUCAUCUCGGUCCGGACUAUCUAGGAGAGCUCACCAUGACUAUCGAUGGCAGACCUGAGGAUCUAGCUUGGCAUUCUCACUCCAAGCCCGAAGAUGCAGCCAGAUGGUCAAUAGAAAAGGGCAUUCCACCUCCAGUACGUGUCACCAACCUACCAGAUGACAUCGCACGUGCCGUACCUCCUUUUUCCAUCCCGAAGGCCUGGAAGAGUGCCAAACACAAUAACAGUACCCAGACCGAUGACGAUAACGAUGAUGAACGCACUCGUGAAGAAGCCACCCUCGCACAGCGGUCCUGGUCCAGUGUUCCGCUUUAUACUCAUCUCUAUACCGGUGUUGUUCCGUCCACGAUCCACUUCAACCUCCCCAAACACAAUAUGAAUACCGACUGGGACAAGAUGUGGAUGUUCCCACGGCUCCGAGAGCAACUCAGCGCGCGGGUGCUUGCGCCUCGAGCCCCUGUUGCCGUGAUGCCAGAACAAAAGGGUAUCCGCCGGCAGCGGUGGUGGAGCUCCAUUGACAGCAAGGGUGGCAUGAUGGCUGAGAACGCCUCAACUCCUCUAUGGCUGAGCUGGGAGACUCUAUGCAAUUCAGACGAGAUCGAAAACGAGGUUUUCCGCGAUAAGAAGGGUCCGUGGGUCGAUCCGCGGUCCGCAAAGCCUUGA